AUGGGUACAGUGGGCAGCAGAUUCCUUCGCUGGUGGAGCGGUACUGAUCUAGCAGAGGAGAGAAACGAAGAAGUACCAGCAGAGGAGGGAAACGAAGAAGUACCAGCAGAGGAGAGAAACGAAGAAGUACCAGCAGAAAAUGGUGAGCAAGAUGUACCUGCUGAAAGAUGUCCCUGGGACUACACCUUCUCAAAGGCUGACAUUGAAAGGGAAGUAGGACCUCCGGUAGUUCUCAAGGAGUCCUUUCUACGACAUCGAGCACUUGCGGGUCAUGACCAGGAGUAUGAAACAACGUUUGCAAUGCGAGUCGAUAUCCACAGCCAUUUUUACAGAGUUCAGAGACACAUUGAACGUUUCUGA